AUGAAAAUAGGGGAUCAAAUAGUUGCUAAACUUGAUCGGGAUGAGGUUGAAUGUGAGGCCUCUCUUUGGAAAAACUCGAUUGUUUGCAUUGUGCUAGGAGCUAACCCUGCGUUCAGGGUUUUUGAAGGGCUUAUCAAAAGUGUUUGGGGAAAUCUGGUUGUUGAGAGGAUUCCUAGAAUGAAUUCGGGCUUUACUUUAGUGAGUUUCAGCGAUGAAGAAACAAGAGACCUUAUCUUUGAAACAGUGGUUAUUCAUUUUGAUAAAAAACUAGUGAUCCUAAGACCUUGGACAACUGAUAUUGAUUCAGCUAGGAUGGUGAAAUCAGUCCCAGUUUGGGUGCGAUUGAAUGGACUUAAUUUGCAACAUUGGGGGAAAAAGAGCCUUAGUGCUCUUGUGAGUACUAUAGGCAAGCCCAUAAUGGUUGAUAAGGUCACAUUAAGUAGAACUAUGAUCAAAUAUGCUAGAGUUUUAGUGGACAUUAGGAUUUCUGAUAGUCCACCAAAAACAAUAGCCUAUAUUAAUAAAAGAAAGCAGUUGGCGGAGCAGUUGAGUAUAAAUGGCUUCCAUCAAAGUGUGGGGCAUAGGAAAAAAGGGAAUGAAGAGCAGAAAAUGAAGGCCUCGGUUUCAGAGAAGGUUGUCCCUAGUGUUGAGAAAAAUAUACUAGUUGGUGAUAUUAUGGAUAACAGCUGCUGUCUCACCGAAGCAGGUUCUGAGAAAGGAGGAAAUGAGAAGCAGGUUAGUGGAUCAAUAAAUGUUGAAACAGAAGAUACUAACUGGAUUACACCUCGAAGGAGAGGUUCCAAACAGGCUGCUACAGCCGGUUUAGAAGCUGCUACGAGAAAUUGA